AUGCGCUUCUCGAUCGCAUCGUCCCUUGUUUUCCUGACGAGUGUAGCUAGCGCUGCCUCCUCUUGGAGCUUCAAAGAUGGCUCUGUUACUGUCGCCUCCAAAAUAGGACACGGCGCUACUGCCAAGUUCAGCAGCCAGAAGCCCGUGGAUAAGACUCUUAUUCUUGGAGACAAAGAUUCUAUCAAACUCUCAUUGACCACGACCCAAGGUGACGAGGCGAAGCGUCCUCACCAGGCCUUUGUUACCAUUACCGAGUCGACCGGCCUCGAGGUCUCCCUGCCUUUGGACAUCAAGUCUUCUGGAAAGGGCAGUGUCACUAUUUCACACAAGGAUCUCCCUACUGUGUUCAUCCUUUCAGACGAACCUCUCAAGGCCAACCUCGUACUGGGCUCCUUCGGCUCCUCCAGCCCUCUCAUCUCUCCCAUCUUCGACCUCGAGAUUUACCACGUGCCCAACGCUCCUCGUCCUUCAUUCGAGCGUCCUCUACGAUACGGACCUCGAGCCGAGAUUCACCACAUCUUCAGGGUCGGCGACUCGAGCCCUCCUAAGAUCCUCUCAAUUCUGGCCAUGCUCAGCAUUGCGGUCUUUUUCCCUGUUCUUAUCGUCGCUUGGCGUGUGAACGGCGCCAACCUGGACCAUCUGCCCGAGGCUUUCCGAAAGGCACCCGUCUCCCAUGCUCUCUUCGGUGGCUCUAUUCUCGCUCUUGAGGGAUCUCUUCUUCUCUACUACCUGAAGUGGACUCUUUUCGAGGCACUGCCCGUUUUUGCCGGCCUUGGUGUUGUGUGCUUCUUGAGCGGUGUUAAGGCUCUGAGCGAGGUACAGGACCGCCGUCUCGCCGGCAAGAGAUGA